AUGGAGCAGAACCGACAAACAGGUAACCACAACAAUGAGGGGGACCAGGGGGACCAAGGGCCUGUUCAAGAUGCUCCCGAUGCGCCCGAUGCGUCCGAAGUGAGGGGAGACCCUCGCAUGAACAGAGCUGUGGAGAUCAGGCUGAACAAUCCCAAUGUAUCUCUCUCCGAUGCUCUCAGAAUGGGAGGGUUUGAGUAUCCUCCCAGGGCGACCGCAUCGGUUGUGGAUAGCGAGAAUGUGGCCCUGGGCCAGAGAAAGAACCAACUCAAUCGUAGAUUGCGACAAGCUAGGCUUGCCCGAGCGGCGGCUUUGGAACGGAGGUCCGCAGCGCAAACACAAACGGGCGCCAUGAAAUCUCCUCCUAUGACUUGCAGCGGCCUCCCUUCUGCUUCCUGUGCCGGUGCUGCCCUUGGGAUGGGGGCUGCUGCGAUGGGAAGCAAUCUGAACGGGUGGCGCCCUGGUCCUCAAGACCCCCUGCCCGGCAGUCGAAAGCGACCUCCGUCGGCUUUGUCCUCAUCCUCCGCAGCUCCAGGAGCCCAGCAGGACAGAAAGAGAGCAGCUGCGGCUUCUUCAGGAGACAACAACGCUCCGAAUCCUGUCAACUACAACUACACCAAUGCCGGGAACCACACAAAUGCAACUUCGCCUUCAGCGAACCCAAGUCAAGCGCCGCAAAUCCUGCAUAUGCAGUCGCUGCAGCAAGCGCCACCGCCUCACUUGGUGGGGCAACAGCAACAGCCGCAGCCGCAGCAACCAACGCCAAACUCAAACCCAGCUUCAGACCUGCUGCAACAACUGACCAACAACUUGAUGCAAAGUCAGCAAGUACAACAGCAGUCCUCACAGCAAACGCAAGAUCCGUUGCCGGACAUACAAACGAUCCUCCGGCAAGCUCCCCAACAAGCCAACAUGACAGUUCCGCCAAACCAACUGCAAGCUUUGCUGUCACAGCUUCCUCAGCAAUCCAGCAUCACAGUGCAGCCACAAAGUCCUCAGCAAAACGUUUCAGCGCCAUUGCAACAGCAGCUACAGUCUAUCUUGAGUCAAAUCAUCCUGCAGCCACAACAACAGCAACAAGUUGCCGUGGCAACGACUGCACAGCCUCAGCCAGUUCCCAUGGCCAACAACAACGGCAGCAGCGCAAACAUGAAUCAGGUCAUCCUUUACCUCCCUCUGGCGCAAGAUGCGACCCAGCAGCAACACCUCUCAUCACCUGCCGCCAUUGGAACCUCCUCCAACGUGGGAAGUUACAAUGUUGCCGGCACGACCGUGUCAAGUCUCCAAAGCACGCUCAGCUCACACCCAAGCAGUGCCAACUCUAGUGAUGUGGAGGCUGUCGCUAGUAGCGCAGGCCAGCAACAGCUAUGGCACAACAGCAGUCAGCCACCAAACAUCACUCAGCAGCAGGCUCCAACAGCAAACGUGCUGUCUGCUACUGCAUCACUGCCUGCUGCUGCCGGUACCAGCCACGUCAACAGCAACUCCGUGUUGGACCAACGAUUGAACGCGGCGUUGCAGACGUUUGACCGCGACAUUCGGCGGCUUUACGAAGGAGCCAUGCUGGGGGCGGGCUUUUCCAUAGGAGACUCUCAAGAAACGUCGUUGCCGUACCAACAGUUCGCCUUUGAGUGUUGGCGACGGGAGUGCACGAGGUUGCAAGAAACCCUCCACAGAUCGUCGACCAAUGCGACUUCCAACGACAAUGCGGCGGCGACAUCGGUGGCGUCGUCUGUUGGUGUGGAGACGGCAGAGGAGAGUGGGGAAAUGGCAAAAGACGACGAAGGCAGCGAGCAAUCUGUCACUUACCCCAGCAGUGAGAAGAAUACUGCUGUAUAG